GCCGAGCGCGUCCGCUGACCUUCAGGAGCAGUGUGCGAGCAUGGCGCCGGGCAGGAAGUUCUUCGUCGGGGGCAACUGGAAGAUGAACGGCCGCAAGAAGACGCUGGGCGAGCUGAUCGCCACGCUGAACGCGGCCGCGCUGCCCGCCGACACCGAGGUGGUUUGUGCGGCCCCCACUGCCUACAUCGACUAUGCCAGGCAGAAGCUGGAUUGCAAGAUAGCUGUGGCCGCUCAGAACUGCUACAAAGUACCCAACGGCGCCUUCACGGGGGAGAUCAGCCCUGGCAUGAUCAAAGAUUGUGGAGCCACGUGGGUGGUCCUGGGCCACUCAGAGAGAAGACACGUCUUCGGGGAAUCAGACGAGCUGAUUGGGCAGAAAGUAGCCCACGCCCUGUCCGAAGGCCUGGGCGUCAUCGCCUGCAUCGGCGAGAAGCUGGAUGAGAGGGAAGCGGGCAUCACCGAGAAGGUCGUUUUUGAACAAACCAAGGUCAUCGCAGAUAACGUGAAGGAUUGGAGCAAGGUUGUCCUGGCCUACGAGCCUGUGUGGGCGAUUGGUACCGGCAAGACGGCCACCCCUCAACAGGCCCAAGAAGUGCAUGAGAAACUCCGGGGAUGGCUCAAGUCCAAUGUCUCCGAGGACGUGGCCAAGAACACCCGCAUCAUUUAUGGAGGCUCCGUCACUGGAGCCACGUGCAAGGAGCUGGCCAGCCAGCCCGACGUGGACGGCUUCCUGGUGGGCGGCGCCUCCCUCAAGCCGGAAUUCGUGGACAUCAUCAAGGCCAAGCAAUAGACACCGCACCACCUCCCGCCCUGGAGCGAAGCCGGGGUCACGACCCCCAGUCGGGGCCCCCACCCUUCCCCGUGCUUCUGAUGACAUCAUCUGCCCCCGACUGACCAGGCCAGUCGCUUUACCGCCUGAACUAAGCGCGGCACCGACGAGGCUCGCCUCGGCCCAGUGAGGCCUGCGGAGUGCCCCCGCCCCCUCCCACCCAGGGGAGGGCGGGGGAGCGAAACCACGCCCUCCUGGUCACCAUGGGGCCCGUCUCCCCGGGGAGGCCAGAGCUGCCAGGCCUCCCGCAGUGCGCAUGCGUGUGUCCAUCUGUGCGCGUCCGUCAACCCCGUAUGAAAUAAACACCUGGCACUAGA